AUGAAGGCUUUUAGCAUGAAAAACUCUGUUUUUCUCCUAGCUAUUCUAGUCUUAACCUAUACUUUACAUAUUGAAGCUCAGCAAUGCCAUCCAAGCGGCCGGAUCAGGGGAACGAAUCCUCCUCCGGACCAAUGCAACCAAGAGAACGAUUCGGACUGUUGCAAAAAGGGCAAGUACUACACAACCUACAAAUGUUCACCGCCGGUGUCCAGAAGCACAAAAGCAACCCUUACCCUGAACAGCUUUCAGAAGGGUGGGGAUGGAGGCGCACCAUCAGAGUGUGACAAUCAAUACCACUCCGAUGACACACCUGUGGUGGCGCUUUCAACUGGAUG